CCAUCAAUUCAAAAGUAAUCCUACAUAUCACAACGUCGUACACAUUAGUCGGGGAUAGUCCUAAUAUCUCGUUUUGUCAAGAGGGGGAAAAAUAAAAGCAAUUUUAGCUUCUAUAAAAUUGUUCAAUAUAACUCAAUAGUUAAUUUUCGCCUUGCUGAUACUUCGUGAUACGUGUGAUUAGACCCGAUUCAAGUGUGUACAUACAUAUAGACCCAUAUACUAUAUAGAUAGAGGACUUCUCAGUUAUGGAAGAAGCUGCAGUAGAAGUGAACGUAUCCGUAGAGCAGAGGAUAUCCGUAGUGCAACAGAUUUCCGUGGAACUGGAGGGUGUCAAGUGGCACGAAGUGAUGGCCAUGAACGACCUUCACCCAUUCAGCACCGAAGUGGAGCGCCAGCAGCGUCGUCGCGAGGUGGAGAGGACCCUGAGCCACCUGAUGCCCUGGAACGAUGCCCGCUUCUCGAGGAUCAAUGUGCGGGCGGCGCGUCCUUUCGAUUGCCGUUCCGCUGGCGACUGGUGUCGCAUGUUGGAUGGCAACCUGGGUGCCACUGCCAGAGUCUGCAUCGGCACGGCCACCUUCUGGUGCAUCCCGGCACUGCUUCAGCUCCAUUCUGGCUACUUUUCGCGUCACCUGCGUCCGGUAAGCCGCUUCCGGGAGGGCGCCGACCUGUGCGCCGUCGGUUUCCGGGCCGCCUACGACUGGAUGAGACUGCAGGAGCCCCUGGACGCCAACUCGCCGCCCAGCAAGCUGGUGGAACUACUGCACACCGCCAUCCAGCUGGAUAUGGGCUCACUGGAGGCCAUGUGCAAUCGGUAUAUGUGCACUUCGCGGUUCCGGGAACAGGCCGCCUUCGAGAUCUACAUACGGGCCAGGCCGUAUCCGGCCCUGCAUCCCCAGCGCCAGAUGAUGCUCCAGCGGAUCGGCUUCCACUUCCUGGCCAUGGUGGGGGGCACGCACUACCUGGAAUUGCCGAUGGAGGACCUGGUGACCAUACUGCUGCAGGACAAUCUGGGCGUCAACACGGAGGUGGAGGUCCUGUACAGCGUCUUCCGGUGGAUGUCCGCCCGGCCGGCCGAACGAGGCCUGAUGAUGCGCCGCCUGUUGGAGUGCGUCCGGUUCACGCGACUGCCCAUGAGCAUGCUGUGCCAGAUGUGGCGCGGCUUCGUCGCCACCGCCCUAUUCGGGGACCUCAACCUGCUGGCCACCUUCAGGGGCGAUCUGAUGAUCCAGCGACGCAUCAGCGAUGCCAUCACCGUGGUGAACUUGCGCAGGAUCUACCAGGACCGCAACGAGUUCACGGCAGCCUGCCGUUCCAAGGGACUGGCGGUGGAAGCGCCCCGCGAGUGGCUCUACGACGAGAACUGCCCAUACCAUCAGGCCCGGCCCCGGGCACCCUACUCCCAUGUCUUCGGCAUCGAUGAAUUCCUGGACUAUGCUGGUCUCCGGGCGCAGAGAGCUCAGGAGACACCCCGUGAGCUGAUCAAUUUGCGCGCCACCUUGCCCACUUCCGAGACCGAGGAGCAGGACGACGACGAUGACCUGGAGCAGGGCAAUCGCAAUGAUCUGGACUACGUAUCAGGUGAACUACUACGAUUGCGUCAGAACCCGCAGGAGAGCCUGGACCGGAUCUUUCCACCCAAAAUGGAGAGCGCCUCCGAGCGGGAGGAGGAACAGGAUGAUGAGCAGCCCGUGUCCCUGACGCCUGAAGAGUGGGACGAGCUGGAGGAGUUGGCAGAGUUCGAGGAGCUAGAGUCCUUGAUAGCCCAAUCGGAGAUGAACGAGUCCCAUGCCGCCAGACACUACUCUCUGGGUAUUCCGCUACCGGAACAGGCUCUGAUUCCGAUUCCCACAUCGACUGCGUCUCUAGUUCAGUCUCCGGCUACGUCAGCCUCUUCAUCUGGAGGAGCUCUGUUUCCGACUCCAGCUCCAGCUUCCAUACUGUUUUCAGCGGUGGUGCCCCAGUUGGCCCACCUCAAUCUGCGUCAGGCCUUUCGGGACUCCGAUGACAACGGCACCGAGCUCAGUGAGGAGGAAAUGGAUCUGAACAACGAUCUCGAUCGGAACAACCAUGACAAUCACAACGGAGGCAACGCAAACAACGACGAAGAGUCCAACAUGUUGUUAGGAUUAGAACUGGCGACCAGAAUCGGUCUCCACAUACCGGCAUUUCGACCCAUGAAUCUCCACUAUCCCAGAUCUCAUGCCCGCUGGCUGGAGGCCGGCAAUCUGAUCCAGUCGGCUGAGCGAUUCUCGGAGGACUAUGGCGACGUCGACGGCGAGGAGGCGGAGGAGGAGGAGGAGGACGAGGCAGAUCCAGAGGCGAAUGGCGAGGACGAGGAGUAUGCCUGUCCCAGCUGCUAUGCAGCUGACCUGGAGAGGAUGUGCAACGGACAACCACUCGCUCCGGAGGUGGAUGUCGGUAAGCCAGAGGAGCAGCAGGAACAAGUAGUACCACUUGAAUCGUAUCUGCUAGAAACCGAAGAGAUCAUCGCCCAGCUGCUGGCCAAGAUUGGCGAGAAGGAAGAAGCAGAUGCAGAUGGCGUUCCAGCAGAGGGUGUUCCAGCAGAGGGUUUUCCAGCCGAGGAUGUAGCAGGAGAGGACGUGGGAAAGGUGGAGAAGGAUCCAGAACUUUCUCCUGAAGAAAGCUCGGGAGAUAACUCCAUCUUGCCAGAGUCUGAGGCCUCUUUUUAGGCCUCCAUUCUCGAGUUAAAGUCCGAAUGUCCGAUUCCAGGUCCAAGUUUCCAAGUUUCAGUUAGAAUAGUAGUUUACGUCCGAGUCCUGUCCAGUUUCCAUCCUGACCCAUCCUAGUUUCAUCUUUAGUUUCAGUUUUAGUUUCAGGUCCGUUUUGAGAUCACUCUCCUGUCCGCUUAGCACAAGGUCCUUUCAAGGUCCUUUCAAGGUCCUUUGAAUAUUGCGACUACCCACACACCCAGUUCAGAAGAUUUUCGAACAGUGGUCCGUCCAGGAUUCCCAGUAUCCAAAUUGUAAUUGUCUGGUCUUGAGCAAAUCCAAACCAAUUUUAAUUGUGAAUAAAACUAAAUUGAAAACAUAAAA